AGCCACUUCCAUUAUCUGUGUCUUUUGAAUUCGAACUAACACAACCAAAUGGACUGGAGACGCUUCUUCAAGCCCAAAACUCCACAAACUCCUCAAACUCCUCAAAAACCCAAUGCAAUACCGAUGUUGGAUCAAGUAAUGAGUGCCACCAAGGGUGCAACCGAUGCAUUUUCUGGUGUUAGCAAGCAAGUCAAUAAUUCGUUUAGAAUGUUGGGAACUUCGAGUAUUCCUGGCAUCGUUGGAUAUGGAAUUGGUCUUCGUCAUGGUAUUGGACUUGGCCUAUCUGUGAGAUCAGGGGUGAAUCAACUUCAAUCUCGUAUAGUAGAGCCAAUGACAAAGAUGAUUGGACUUAUUCCCGGUGUACCCUUUGGUCGGGGUGCAUUGCCAAUGCCAGAAUCCUCAAAGAGUGGCCAAAGCAAGGUCCCUACCGACCAAAUUUCUGCUGAAAGCAUGAUAAAACAAGCAACGAAAACAGCUGAACAAUUUUCUCAAGGAAGCAUGACACAAGAGGCAACUAAAGCAAUGGACCAAAUUUCUCAAGCAAGCAUGAUGAUGCAACAGGCAACCAAAUCAGUUGACCAAAUUUCUCAAGGAAGCAUGACGCAGUUGGCAACUAAAUCAUCCAGCCAAAUAUCUCAAGGUUUGGUAGGGUCUCAACCCACAAAGACUGAUUCAGCUUUUGAUAAUAAAGCGUUAAAAGGGGAUGCAGUUGUCUCUGCAUCUGACAGCCAAACAGAGAAGGCUAUUAGCAACUUUUCGCAAAAUCCAUCAUUGAAGAUAGAAGGAGGAGGACUUGAUCAAGCAGCUGGACUCAUGCAGCCAGAGAACAAACUACUUCAGACGGUUAUGAAACAGCGACAAAUCAUUGAUGAACUUGUGGAGGAAAAUGAGAAGCUUUACCAGAUACUACAAGUGAAGGACAUGAAAAUACCAUCUACCAAACCUCAAGCAAGUUCUUCAGAUUCAAAUAUUCAGACAUUUCCUUCAUCGGAAGUUCAGGAUAAGAGAACCGGUGUUUCUAUGCCUCCUGCUAAUGCUGUCGGUAUAUCAACAAGUUCAAAAGGAGAAAAUGACGGUGCGUUGUCAAUUUCAAAAGGAGAAAAUGACGGUACCUUGCCAAUUUCAAAAGGAGAAAAUGAUGGUCCGUUGCCAAAUUCAAAAGGAGAAAAUGACACUAAAAAAUAGUAGAGCUAAAAGAAAAAUUCCCACAUCAUGACGUGGAAUUUCUAUGCCUAAGUACUACUUUGACAACUAAUUCUUUUUAAUGAGUGAAUAUGAAAUAUUCCAUAAAUAAUUGCAGUUAAAUAGAUUUGUUUUGUACUAAUCAUGGAUCCCUUUGUAAGAAACAAAUAAAGCUAAAAGGGACACUCGAGAAAUUUAAUAAUUUGAAUUCAUUGCGAUGGAAUCUAGUGCUUUAUUUUCUGUGGUACAAAAUUGUCCAUGUGUAUUUUUAUCAUAAAUGAAUAAAUUCUGUAACUUUUGGCAUACACGAAUGCCUGUUGUGUAAUAAGCAAAAUUUGAAAUGCUAGUUUAUGACUUGUGCGUUGGGAUUUUAUUCUGUCUAAAGUGAAACAUGAGGCCAAGGAUGUGUCCUCUCUUGUUACCCACAUUGGCCUUUGCAGAGAAUUAUAUUCAACAAAAUUCAGUCCACACAUUCUACUUGUAAUUCAAUCCAUUCACUCUCCUAUCCAAACCUCUCAGGUUUCUGUGUUGUUCUUCUAAUAUUACUUCCCAUGUGAU